CAGGUGCUGAGGGAUCCAGUCUCUAUCACCUGUGGACACAGGUUCUGCAGACAGUGCAUCACCAGAUACUGGGAGAAACCUGCUCCUUCAGGAGACUAUGACUGUCCUCAGUGUAGAAAGAGAUCCAGAACACGGCCUGUACUACAGCAGCUGAGUCAACCCAAUAAAACAAGAGGCUCUGAAAACAUGGAUGACAGCCUGCAGAGAGCUAUAGUAAACCAUAAAGACAGUCUGAAAAGGAGGUAUGAAUGUGUGAUAGAAGGUAUGGAAAAAGCAGGGAACCAAACUCCCCUCAACAGGAUUUACACAGAGCUCUACAUCACAGAGGGAGAGAGUGAAGGGGUUAACAAUGAACAUGAGGUGUGGCAGCUAGAGACAGCAUCCAGGACACCAACCUCACAUGACACAGCAAUCCACUGCAAUGACAUCUUUAAACCCUUACCAGGCCAAGAGAGAAGCAUCAGAACUGUGCUGACGAAGGGCAUCGCUGGCAUCGGAAAAACAGUCUCUGUGCAGAAGUUCAUCCUAGACUGGGCUGAAGAGAAGGCGAACCAAGAUGUGGAUAUCAUAUUUGUGCUUCCUUUCCGGGAGCUGAACUUGAUUAAAGAUCUCCAGUACAGUCUUCUCAGACUUUUAAAUGGCUUCCACCCAGAACUAGACAUAGGCAAUGCAAAGAAACUCACUGCCUGUAAAGCUAUGUUCAUCUUUGAUGGUUUGGAUGAAAGCAGACUUCCAUUGGAUUUCCAGCACAAUGAAAAGGUGUCUGAUGUCACACAGACAUCGUCUGUCGAUGUUCUGCUGACAAACCUCAUCAUGGGGAACCUGCUUCCCUCUGCUCUCCUAUGGAUAACCUCCCGACCAGCAGCAACCAAUCAGAUCCCCCCUAAGUGUGUUGACCAGGUGACAGAGGUACGAGGGUUCAAUGACCCACAGAAGGAGGAGUAUUUCAGGAAGAGAUUCAGUGAUGAGGACCUGGCCAGCAGAAUCAUCUCACACAUAAAGACAUCAAGGAGCCUCCACAUCAUGUGCCACAUGCCAGUGUUCUGUUGGAUUUCUGCAAUAGUCCUUGAACACAUGUUGAGUACAGACAAGAGGAGAGAUAUGCCCACGACUCUGACUGAGAUGUCCAUACACUUCCUGCUCAUUCAGACCAGCCUGAAGAACCAGAAAUAUCAUGGAAGAGAUGAGAUGGAUCAACAGGAGCUCAUGGAGUCAGAUAAGGAAAUUCUUCUGAAGCUGGGGAAGCUGGCGUUUGAAAAUCUGGAGAAGGGUAAUCUCAUGUUCUAUGAAGAAGACCUGAAAGAGUGUGGCAUUGAUGUCAAAGAAGCCUCAGUGUACUCAGGAAUGUGCACACAAAUCUUUAAAGAAGAGUCUGUGUUAUUUCAGAGAGUGGUGUACUGCUUUGUUCAUCUGAGCAUUCAGGAGUUUCUCUCAGCUGUCUACAUGUACCAUUGUUACACAACCAAGAACAUGGAUGCACUGAAGCCCUUCCUCAAGAGAAAGUCUAGAGCUGCAUCUGAAGAGCUAACCUUGCAUGAGCUGCUGAAGAGUACCGUGGAUAAAGCCUUGGAGAGCAAGAACGGACACCUGGACCUCUUUGUCCGCUUCCUUCAUGGCAUGUCACUGGAGUCCAAUCAGAAACUCCUACGAGGUCUGGUGACACAGACAGAAAGCAGUCCAGACAGCAUCCAGAAAACAAUCCGAUCCCUUAAGGUGAUGCAGAGGAAGAACAUCUCCCCUGAGAGGUGCAUCAAUCUCUUCCACUGUCUGAUAGAGAUGAAAGACCAUUCAGUACAGGAGGAAAUCCAAGCGUACUUGAGGUCAGAGAAGAGAUCCAAAAACCUCACACUUUCUCAGUGUUCAGCACUGGCCUACAUGCUACAGAUAUCAGAGGAGGUUCUGGAUGUGUUUGACCUGAAGGUAUACAAGACAUCAGAGGAGGGUGGUAGGAGACUGCUCCCAGCUGUGAGAGGCUGCAGGAAAGCUCUGUAAGUAUUCAUGGAAAUAUCCCACACCAAAAUACAUUGUAGUUACAGCAGCAUUUUUAUUGGCUGACUGGCUCUGUAAGUACUCAUGUGACUAUCCCUCAGACCAAACUUUACUGUAUGUAAGAACAACAAUAUUUUCAUUGGCUGACUAAACUUUCUAUCAGCUGAAAAGU